AUGAGAACAAGUGACUCAAGAUAUCUGCAACUUCUUCAACGUCUUCGGAAAUGCGAAUGUACAGUUGAUGAUCAUGAAUUACUGACGACACGAGUUAUACACCCAAACCACGAUGUGAAAUCUCUCGAUACAGAUGAAUGGAAAAAAGCACCGAUCCUCGUCUUGAGAAAUGAAUUACGAACUGAAUUGAACAUUCUAGCUACCGCGUCCGAAGCAUUUGAAAAGGAUGUUAAGCCGUUGGUAUGCAUUGCUCAAUACGAAUUCAAAAUUAACAUCGACAAUCCGGAUUUUCACAAAUACCUCCUCGAAUCACCAGAUAAUAAAACAAAAUGGCUACCUGGAUACUUAUCGUUAGUUCCGGGCGUGCAUGUUCUAUUGACGCAAAACUUAGCUAUAGAAUUAAAAUUAUGUAAUGGUACAACGGCAGUAUGUCGCUCCAAAACUCAUACCAAUUCCUCUUGUAACACAAAAAUUCAUGCUGAAUAUCAAAGGUUUCCUGGAGAAACAUAA